UUGUAUAGACUUUAUUACACACAUUUAGAUGAACUUUUGUUUUUUCUUUAAAGACUUAAUUAACAAGUUUCAAUUAAAUAAUUGAAAACAUGGAACUACAAGCUUGAAAAUGAUUAUAGAAAAUAGAGAAGGACAGACAAACAGUGAGGUGUUUAAAAUAGAAGAUACAGGGCAAACAAGUAACAGACAAAUUCAAGAACACUCAGGGGUGUUGCUAUGGACACUGGUGAUCGCAUCUGUUGUCGUAUUUCCUCCUGUUGGGCUUGUAGCUCUCUAUUUCUUGUUAACGGCAAGGAAACAGUUUCAGGACGGAAAUUCAGUUGGUGCCAACGCGCGUGGCCAGCUCGCGCAGAUUAUAGCAUCGGUUGCCGUGGUGCUUGGUGCAGUCUGGAUUGGCCUUGUUAUUGGACUAGUUAUUUGAUCUGUGACUGUUUUAUGACUGAGAAAACAUGAACAUCUAACUGCGAUGGCAUGAUUUCUCCUCAAUAUGUAUCUGCGUUUGUUAAUAAGAAGCAACUGGUUGGCCUAAAGUGCGCAAAUAUCAUCAGCUACAUCAUAGCAAUGAGCUAUAUUUAUACUUCUUUGAUCAUAGGUAUAGGAGAGCAACGUGGGAGCCGGGCUAUCCAACUUUGAGUGUAUGUGUUUGGAGUGGCAAAAUAAUUUUUCCUUGGUCCUUUGCAUUUGGCACAAAGAUAUUGAUUUUACAGGAAAAAAUAAAGUAAGCCUGUUUUAUGAGCGAAUAGAUCUAACGAUACAUGCUUCUGAAUAUAGUAGUCUCUCUCUCUAUCUCUGGUGCUUUCCCUUGCUCUGUCCCUCUGGUCAGAUCGCUCAGUGUCUGUACUAAUAGAGAAUGAACUUGGAGCCCCGAGUGGCUACCUUUGUACUGUGUAAAACGCCUUUGAACGUGUUUAUCAUGAUAAGGGCGCUAUAUAAGUCUUGUAUAAUAUAAAUAACAGAUAUAAUGUAUAUUUCAAUAGGAAAAAAUGAUUUUUGGGGUUGUUUAAAAUGUUUACGAAAAUUUUUGGGCGUGUCGCCAGAUUGGCUCCUAAUUUUUGAAGACGCUCCUAUGCCGGUCUGUAGUGAACAGUUUGUUUUUAUAUAUCAUAGUGUGCAAAUGUUGGUUACACCCUUCGACUUCAUGUCUGAUAAAUGAGUAAAAU